AAUAAUCCAUUUGAAAACCUAAACUGGAAAUUCAUAUUUUGUCAUUACAGUGACAUUGUUAUGACAAUCAUUGCGUUUAGUUUUUGCUAUUGCAAAUAUUAUAUACCUAAUCUCUAUUUUAUUUACAGAUUAUCGUUCUUGUAUAAACAUCGUUGAAAAGUCUUUAAAUAAUAUUAUAUUUAAGUGCCUUAUUUUAUUUUACAUGUGUUACAUAUAUUAGAAAUAAAGGUGUUGAUAAAAAUCUUUGAAUAAAAACAAAAGAACUAGAAUUUUGUACGAUUUGCUGUCAGACAAAGUUUCAUUUCUAUACGUCAUAAUUUGUGAUUCUAUUCCCAGACUAAACAGGCUAAUAAGAUAUUCGAUCGUGCUAAAUUACUUUCACCACGAUAAGUGCAAACAUAAAGAUAAGCGUAGGUAUAAGGCAUUAUUAGUGAACAAAUUGAAUCAUAAUGUCAGCAGACCAAGAACAGCAGGCUACAAGCCGGUCAUCAGGCUACAGCGUGGCCAAGCAGCAACAGUACUCGCGCUAUCUUCGCCAGCUGCGCCAGGAUUUCAUUGAGUAUUGGAAGGAAAAAACACCGAGUAACGGCUCACCGGCCGAUUUCGAAAAAGGUAGAAUUCUAGGUACCGGUGCUUUUGGCAUAGUCUUUCUUGUAAAACAUAUUGUAACAGGAAAAUAUUAUGCCAUGAAAAUGCUGGAGAAAGAGAAAGUUAUAAAACAAAAACAAGUUGACCAUAGUUACUACGAGAAAAAAAUAUUAUGCGGUUUAAAUUUUCCCUUUAUGGUCUAUAUGAAAUAUUUCUUUAAGGACAACGUGUACCUGUAUUUUGUGCUCCCUUAUAUAGCCGGGGGAGAAAUGUUUUCUCACUUGCGUAAGAUGGGUAAAUUUGACGAAAAUGCUGCCAAGUUUUAUGGUGCACAAGUAGUUCUAGCUUUAGAGUAUCUGCAUGCUUGUGAUUUAGUUUAUCGUGAUUUGAAGCCGGAGAAUAUAUUGAUUGAUAAAACUGGUUACAUUAAAAUAAUUGAUUUCGGUUUUUGUAAGUUCUUACAAGACCGGACUUGGACGCUUUGCGGCACUCCGGAGUACUUAGCUCCAGAAAUUAUACUGAGCAAGGGCUACGGCAAAGCCGUGGACUGGUGGUCGUUCGGAAUUUUGAUAUAUGAAAUGAGUGCUGGUCAUCCCCCUUUCUACUCGUCUGACCCCAUGAGGAUCUACGAGAAGAUCGUAAUCGGAAAAUAUAAAUGUCCUGAACACUUUUCUCCCAGCUUAAUAGAUUUACUAGCUCACGUUCUCCAAGUGGAUUGCACUAAGCGUUAUGGGAACCUGAAGGACGGAGUAUACGACCUUAAAAAUCACAAAUGGCUUCAAGAAAUCGACUGGGAUAGUCUUGUGAACUGUCGGACCCAUGCUCCAUUUAAACCUAAAAUUCGAUCGGCUUGGGAUUCCACCAAUUUUGAUACAUAUGAAGAAGUGAAGCUUAAAGAAAGUCCUGUAUGCUUAUAUGAAAAUGAAUUCAAGGACUUCUAACCGUCAUUUUGUUAGUUUAAAAUAUUGCAUUAAAAUUACUUAAUUUAGAAUAUUAUUUAGUUUAGCCUUUAAGAAAUGAUUAAGUUUUAUUUUCCUAGAGUGAUACGUUUUAGAUGUUUAACUUAAAUAUAGUUAUAUUAAAACAGCUUUAACACGCAUGCCUACACAAGAAAUAAAUUUGUUAUCAUGA